CCUCACAGCCUUCAGCCCGCUCCUCCGAGAGGGCGCCCGCGGGGAGGAUGGUGAAGCCGCCGCCGGCCCCCGCGCCGGGCCGGGAGGCGACCGAGGCGAGCCGGGCCCCGGCAACCCUCCGCAGGGGGUGAGAGGUGCCGGCGCCCGCCGCGGCGGGGCGUGAGGCUGCGCCCCGCGGGGUGGUCGCUGUCGGAAGGAUGACCACCCCCGCCCUGCUGCCGCUGUCCGGGCGGAGGCUGCCCCCCCUGAACCUUGGGCCGUCGUCUUUCCCGCACCACCGAGCUACCUUGAGACUCUCGGAGAAAUUUAUCCUGCUCCUUAUUCUUAGUGCCUUCAUCACGCUGUGCUUCGGAGCGUUCUUCUUCCUGCCCGACUCCUCGAAGCACAAACGCUUUGACCUGGGUUUGGAGGAUGUGCUCAUUCCCCACGUGGAUACCAGCAAAGGGGGCAAAAACCUCGGAGGCUUCCUGAUCCACGGGCAAGGACACGAUGAGCAUCGGCACAGAGAAGAAGAGGAACGUCUGAGAAAUAAGAUCCGAGCAGAUCAUGAAAAGGCUCUGGAAGAGGCUAAGGAGAAAUUGAAGAAAUCACGUGAUGAGAUACAAGCUGAGAUUCAGACAGAAAAGAACAAAGUAGUGCAAGAGUUGAAAAAGAAAGACAGCAAGCCACUGCCCCCUGUUCCUUUACCAAAUCUUAUAGGGAUAAACAGUGGAGAACCAGCAGACCCGGAUAUUCGAGAGAAGAGGAACAAAAUUAAAGAGAUGAUGAAGCAUGCCUGGGACAAUUAUAGGCAAUAUGGAUGGGGACAUAAUGAGCUCAAACCAAUUGCCAGGAAAGGACAUUCCACCAACAUAUUUGGAAACUCACAAAUGGGUGCUACCAUAGUAGAUGCACUGGAUACUCUUUAUAUCAUGGGGCUUCAUGAUGAAUUCAGAGAAGGACAAGAGUGGAUUGACAAAAAUCUUGAUUUCAGUGUGAAUUCUGAAGUGUCUGUAUUUGAGGUCAAUAUUCGCUUCAUUGGUGGUCUUCUAGCAGCAUACUACCUUUCAGGCCAAGAGGUUUUCAAGAUCAAAGCAGUGCAGCUGGCAGGAAAACUUCUUCCAGCCUUCAACACGCCUACAGGUAUACCAUGGGCAAUGGUGAAUCUGAAAAGUGGAGUGGGUCGAAACUGGGGCUGGGCUUCCGCAGGAAGCAGCAUCCUUGCUGAGUUUGGUACUCUACAUAUGGAAUUUGUCCACCUCAGCUAUUUGACAGGGGACCCUGUGUAUUACAACAAGGUCAUGCACAUUCGGAAGUUACUUCAAAAAAUGGAUCGUCCUAAUGGACUUUAUCCAAAUUAUUUGAAUCCAAGAACAGGCCGAUGGGGUCAGCAUCAUACGUCAGUGGGUGGGCUGGGAGACAGUUUUUAUGAAUAUUUAUUGAAAGCCUGGCUUAUGUCAGACAAGACGGACACAGAAGCAAGGAAAAUGUACGACGAUGCAAUUGAGGCCAUAGAAAAACAUCUCAUCAGAAAGUCCAAUGGAGGACUGACCUUCAUUGGGGAGUGGAAGAAUGGGCACCUUGAAAGAAAGAUGGGCCAUUUGACCUGUUUUGCAGGGGGAAUGUUUGCCCUUGGAGCAGAUGGUUCCCGAGAUGACAAAGCUGGACAUUACUUGCAGCUUGGAGCUGAAAUUGCACAUACUUGUCAUGAAUCAUAUGACAGAACAACAUUAAAGCUGGGUCCAGAAGCAUUCAAAUUUGAUGGUGGUGUAGAGGCGGUGGCAGUGCGGCAGAAUGAGAAGUACUACAUCCUAAGACCAGAGGUGAUUGAGACCUACUGGUAUAUGUGGAGAUUCACCCACGAUCCCAAGUACAGGCAGUGGGGCUGGGAGGCAACACAGGCCAUCGACAAGUAUUGCCGAGUCAGUGGUGGCUUUUCUGGUGUCAAGGAUGUCUAUUCCUCAUCUCCUACAUAUGAUGAUGUACAGCAGAGCUUUUUCCUUGCUGAAACUUUGAAGUAUUUGUAUCUGCUUUUCUCCAAUGAUGACCUUCUCCCGUUAGACAACUGGGUUUUUAACACAGAAGCUCAUCCUCUGCCUGUUUUACAUUUAGCGAACACCACACUUUCAGGAAAUCCUGCUUAUCGAUAAAAUCAGCUCUAAGAAGAGGAAGAGAGACUUUUCAGCUCUGUUUUGUUUACAUGGACCACUUGAAACUUUAAGCAGGAGAGGAGAAAGACACUUGAUAAAUCUAGACCUCCGAGUCAAGUACAGGCGUGAGAAACAAAGCCCUUCAACAUAUAGAUAAGUAAAACUGAAAAAAAAGUUCUGUUUUAUAUAUGACCAAAACACAUUAGUGUGGUAUUUGCAGGACAGAGACUUCAUGUGCUUUGAACCCUCACAAGAGAUGGAAUCUACUGUUUAACAUAAAUGCAACAGUGUAAGGAAGAAGAGGUUUUCCUGUUCAGCAACAGAAACUUGCUGCUGCUGCUGUUGGCUGUUGCAAGGAACAGUACACCAGUCACCUCUUCAAAUUGGGUGGGUUCCAAAUACUUAGAUUUUUUUUUCUUUUUCUUUUAUUUUUUUAUUUGUUUGAUGAUGACAUGAACAAAGCAACAAAAAAAGCAACAUCACUGCACCAGCAGCAUCAGGAUUUGAUUUUUUUUUCUGUACCUGUCUGAAUUUUCUAAGGAUCAUCAGUUUGCCCAGACUGGCAGCCAUUCUCAAUGCCUCUAAACCAUUAAAACUAAACUAUAAAAACUGUUGCCUCCUCAUUUCCCUUUUCAAAACAGUGUUGAAAGCUCUGUGUUGUAUGCUCACAUCCAAAAAACAGUUUGUAAGCAUUUGGUUUGUAGUUCAUUGUCAGCAACAUUAGCUUAGUUCAUUUGGCAUGCUACAGUCACAAAGUGUUGAGCAUAUUGCAGGGGUAGAUAGGAGCCAGUUUCCCUUCCUCACAAAUCCUGUCACAUGGAAAGUCUACAUUCUCUUAUUUUUUCUUGUUUCUUCUAGCCAAAUAUACAGAGAUAACAACAUGAGAAAAGCAGUCUCUCCUGACUUAUAUAGCAGGGUAUAGUAUAUGGCAUUUAAAAAUGCUCCCUUUCUGCUAAGCAGCAGGAGCCUGUUGCUUUAUGUUUUUCCACGCAGUCUGGAUUUUUCCUAAAAAUUAACUUCCUUCUUUGGAUACUAUUCACAGAACCUUAUUUGCAGCUUUGAAAUCCUGACUUAUUUUGUUUCUGCAUGGGACAGAAACCUAAAACUGCCUUUGAUUUAGUUUACAAAACUCCUUUUCUUCUGUUCCAGUGUAAAGCCAACAUGAUUGUUUUUGGAAAUGACAUAACAUCUCUUACGUAUGAAUGGAAAAAGAAACUCCGGAGUCUCUUCUUCCAUUAGUUUAGGAGAAAUGAGAUGCUGUUACCUGCAUGUUUUUUUCUUGAGUACUAGUCUGGCAUAGUCCAAAUCCUUUGAAACUAGGCUGGACAGUAUCAGUUAAGUGGAGUCUGCCUCAGUCUUCACAUACAGUUUUUGCUAAAAGAAAUUUAGCUUUUUCAAGUAUCUCUUCAUUGCCUUUUUCAUUGCCUUUUUUUUUUCUGUUCCAGAAUCCUUACAGCUCACGUGAUUUCUUUUAUUCCCCUUUUAGCUCUCAAAUCCUUUUGCCAUGGUGACUGGCACCUUUGCUGAAAAAGAGCUGUGAAGUGCUUCUUCCCCUCCUAAUUAGUGCACAGGUUGAAUCUUUCAAAAGUCUUGAUUGCAUUUUCAAACUGAAGUGAGUGGAAGAACUCUCUUCAGUAAGCUACAGAAGUACAGCAUCAAGUCUAAAGGCACUAAGUGCUAUUUCGCCCCCUCAAAGAUGCCUAUAUAUGAAGUUUUAUAUAUAAAAGCUUUUCCUCUAAAUCAAAUUAUAAUAUAUCUUACUGUACUUUAAAGUAGGAUUUCCCCUAUAAAAUUUUCCUUCACUCCUCUUUGAUACUAUUUUAGACAUUGCAUUUUUUCUUUGGUCAAGUGAUGAUUUCUAUCAGAUGCUUUUCUCCAGACUGUUCCUUUAGUUUAAGGGGAGGAAGACAUAAAACUUGGAAAACAUUUCAAUCUGAACAUUCUUGCCUUAAUACCAAUUAUUUAGUUACUGUAAUUGGCAGCAGUAUCUUAAAAAUAAUUUAAGAUCUGAUAAAGCAAUUGAUGUACAUAAUACUGUUUCAAGUAAUUGUUUAUAUAAAAUUAGAAAUAACUGGAAGAAAAUGGAAUCUUCUUACUGGUCCGCUAUUUUUUCUAGUUGAGUAUUCAAUGAGUUACUGAAGAGCUAGUCAUUUUCCAUUUUAAAGUUCAGAUAUGUUAUGUUUUCAAAUAGAGUUUUUCCCAUCCCAUUAGAACUGUUAUGAGUUUAAAACUGCACUGGAUUGACUUGUUCUCCUAAAUCUCUCUGAGUACAAAGGAGAAAGAUGAAAAACAAACUCCUCUGUUU